ACCUUAAGUGCCUUCAAGCUUCGCACCGUUUACAGCUGCUUCAAACAGUAGGAACCGGAGCCGGACAAGAUGCCCGCUGGAGGUGUGUGGGAUCUAUCUUCGCCCAGCAACCUAACAGAGGCUUUGCCUUUCUGGGGUACUCCUACUGCGGCAGUCAAUUUCUGCGAAGAGGACUAUGUCAUCACCAAAUUCGUCGCCGAAUUCUUUAACACUCUGACAAGCCUCGCGUACAUCGCAUAUGGCAUUCACGGUAUACGGCGAUACAAACGCCAGGAUGUCUCCCUCUUCUCAACCCCCAACCUCUCCUACUGGGCCCUAAUCUGCGUCGGCAUCUUCUCCGGCCUGUACCAUACGACCCUCAAAUACCACACCCAGAUGUCUGAUGAGCUGUCCAUGCAUCUUGCGAUGGGCAGUGUCCUUCUCCAAAUCUUCACAUUCAACGAACCACCGGCCAUUCAACGGCGCAACACAGCCAUUAUCCUAGGGGUACUGAUUCCCUUUGUGAUCUACCAUUGCCUGACAGAUGAGUUCGUCGCGCACGUGGUGCUGUUCUUCUGCAUGUGCUGGAUCGUAGGCUUCCGAACGCGUUGGAUCAUCAAGACCCGAAUUCGCAACGAACAGCAUCGGAAGAAAGUGGGCGGGAUGCUGACGAGGGCAACUUGGACCGCGUUGGUUGGGUACGGGAUCUGGAAUAUCGAUGUCAACUUCUGCCCCGCUGUUACCAGGCUGAAACAGCAGGUCGGCAUGCCGUGGGCUGUGCUCCUAGAAUUGCAUGGGUACUGGCAUAUAUUGACGGCUAUCGCGGCGUAUAUGUUCAUGGCUAUUAUCGAGUUCUUACUGAGUCCCGAGGAGGUUGAAAGCCGUGGUGUGGGAUUCGCUUGGCCGGCGAGGAAGGUGUUGCGGGACAUUGCGCCACCGAAGGUUGCUGAGAAGCUUGCAAAUGGCGACGCGAACGGUCACGUCAAGACGCAAUGAGCUGCGGAUGCUGGUCAAAACACUAGCCAGUUGUAGUUGGUGUAAGAAUUGAUGACGGC